UCUACGAGAUCGUAAAGUAAUUUUGCUCCGCAAGAGUAAUUUGAAGGGUUUUAAAAAGACCUACCUCCUGACCACAAGCUUCGUAUGAGGGUCCCUUUGAAAGUCUCUAUUCAAUUUCCCGUCCUAGACUCUUCAUCUACUCUUUCUCAAAGCAGUAACUCACAAUCGAAUGUGUUCAAUCCUACCUCCAAUAUGGAUUCCAACUCUAGGAAGCGUCCUUCCACUCGUCCC